GAUGACAAGAUUUCUAGAAAUGCAAGUCCUCAGCAAUCAUUUCAAAAGAAAACUCAUGAAACUUUAAAUAUUGAAGAUCAUAAAGCAUUGAUAAGUCCAGACAAUUCAUAUGUGAACUAUCAGGAAGAACAUGGGAUAGGAAGUAUCCAAGGUGAAGGACAAUUAGCAGACUAUGAAGAUGAAGUGGCAGAGGAAGAAGAAAGUGAGGAAGAGGAGGAGGAAUUCAAUCAAGAUGACCAGGAUGAUAUAGAUGGGGAGGAAGAAUCAGAAUAUGUAGAUACAGAGGAUGAAGAAGAAAGUCAAGAUGAAGAUGUUGAAAAUAUGAAAGAAAAAGAAAGUUUGAAUAAUCAACAGAAUUUCUCCCUUCAUACAACUAAAUAUGAUAGAAAUGAAGCUAAAUGUAAAAUAAGUAAAGAAAAGCAAGGAACCAACAUUCCCACAGAAUUUCCUGUGUCAGUUGUAGCUGAUAUUUGUGGAGACUUAAGUGCAAAUGUAUAUGCUACUUUUCUCAAGGAAAAAUUAAUAGGCACAGAAGAGGAAGAAAAGAAAGAUGGUGCAUCAUUUGAUAAUGGAACUAGAGAACAAAUUCAUCAUGAAACUCCAAAUAUUCUGAGUGAACUUCAAGCUCCCAGUACAUCACAGAAGUGUGCUGUUAGGAGAGAUAUGAUGUCAGCAUUAGGAUUGGAAGAUGAGGAAGAUUCAGAAUCACCCUGGGAUUCAGAGUGUGCCUCUGAAAGUCUCCCCAAAGAAUCUAUAAGACAUGUAUCUGCAGCCACGAAUCAAGCAAUGAAAGAAAAUAUUUCAAGGGGAUCACUUGAAGAUUAUCCUGAGAAAUAUCCUAAUUUGCAGCCUACUCAACCUACUCUUAUAAUGAAAGAUUCUUUCACAAACCAAGAAACAGAAAAAGGAGUUAUGGAAAAACAAAAAUCAGAUUUACUAGAAGAAUUUGGUUUAGAUGAUGCAGAUGACCUUGAUGAUGUUUCCAAUUGGGAUUCUCCUAGUACUUCUCAGAAAAAUGUGAUUUAUAGAAAUUCCAAGGAUUUGAAUUUUGAUGGGAAUUAUCUUUGCAAAUCAAUGCCAUUGACAAAAAAUCAGUCAGGAUCCACAGAGUUUGGAAAGCUUCCUUUAAAAGAAGAUGAAACAGCUGCAGCUGUACAAGAAACUGGGCCUGAGCCUAAAUUUAGUGUUGUGAUUCUAGUAGACAAAACAGUCUCACAGAAGCAGUGUGAACCACAGCUACUUCUAGAAAAAGAGGAAAGUAAAAAAGAUUUAACACAAGAAUUGGAAUUUAAAGGAUCAUCAGAGGAAAGCCAAGAAAAUUUUGAUAAAAGUGACCAGGAAGAGGAAGAAAUUAUUUUAGAAACAGCCAAUACCUCAGAACAAACGGCAUCUAAGAAACAAUUUAAGCCACUUAGUUUUCCAGUUUUACAUCUGAAAACAUUGUUUCAAGGACCAGAACUCCUUGAAGAAUCCAACAGUGAGGACAUGCAUUUAGAUGCAGACCCAAAUUGGGAAGAAAAAUAUGAAAAAAUGUGGGUUGAAAAGGAGAAAAUGGAAGUCAAAAAGAAUUUUAAAAUCAUUACAACUGAGUUAAAACAGGUAUUUGGUGAAAUUUCUACAAAGAACAAAACUGCCCAUCAGCCUACAGAGGAACUACAAAAUGGUUUAGAAGACAAAUCAAAACCAUUACAGAAAGUAUCCUCAAAUUUGACAAAUAACUCAUGUGAUAAUAUGGGAAAUGAGGAAUCUGGAGGCUCUCUUGAUGUAGGAGUUCAAUCGUUUCCUGAAGAAAGGGAAGACAAUCCAGAAAAUGGCAUUUUUCAGCAUUUAAAUCUCACUUUCGAAGAACAAGUUCAUCAGUCACCUUUUAAUAUAUGCUCAAAAAGUAGCAACCAACUCUGUCAGAAUGAAAAUAAUUCAGAAACUAUAUAUACUUGCAAUGUAAAUGAAGAGGAUAUUACUUAUGAUGUAGAAAAUAUAAAAAUAGCCAGCUCAAGAAUAGUUAUGAAUGAAAUUAAGGAAGAUGGAGCAUUUGGUAUGCAAAUGGAAGGAAGUUUGGACAGAAAUAUCAUAAAUUUGAGAUCAAAUUCAGAACAUUUGCUAGAUCCAAGUGGUCUAGGAAGCCAUUUUGGUGACCAGCUUACUGGAUCUCAUGAUAUGAAACCAAUCAUCCAAGAUAAACUUACCACUACAACAAAAUUUAAUGAGAAAACCAAACUAACAGAAAACUUAUUCCAGAAUCUAGUCGAUAGUGAUAACUCUACAAACGAGCUAAGACACUGGAGACAAUCCCUUCUAUCUAGUGACAAAAUACCAAAAAUGGACCUGGAUAAAGAAUUAAAGCAAGAUAUGCAAAGAUUUAAAAAUGAGUUAGGAAUGUUGAAAGUAGAGUUCCUGGCUUUGGAGAAAGAAAAAAUACAACUACAAAAAGAGGUUGAAAAGGAAAAAAAAAAGCAUCUACACAGUGAAAUGGAAACAUCGGAGGAAAGAAGUGAUGAAAAAUUAACUAGAAAUAAGAUGGUUGACAAGGACAAUCAGCUGGUAUCUAAUGUGAAGGACAGUCAGGAUGGCAAAGAUGAGGAGAAUAAAAUUCUUGGGGAUGAAAUUCCAAAAAUGAGCAUUUCUAAUUCCAAGGAAAGUUCAGCACCUGUGCAUCACCUUUUAGAGGGCAAUGAUUCUGCCAUGAAUCUGAAAUAUGUCAAAAAGCCUCCAAGUGAUAAGUGGAUUUCAGAGGAUCCUGGUAUUACUUCAUCAUGUGAAAAGGUGAAUUCCUUAACUAGUAUCCUACUCCAAGUUCAUGAUGACAGCAGUAUAAGUGAAGAUCAUCAUAAAGGAAGGCCUGGAAAUGAAACAUUGAAUGAAACAAAUAAGGACAAAGGACACAUGGAUGCAGAUGAUCUUGAUGACCUUACUCAGUCUUCAGACACAGCUACACUAGAUGAUGAUUUGCCUCCCUCCAACUAUAAGAGUAUUAUAUUAUUGAUUGAACAACUUAGUAUUGAUUGUAAAGAUUCUAUUAGCCUUUUGAAAAUUCAGGAUGCAGUUCUUACAUAUGAACGAUCAUUAGAACUUAAAAAAGGACGUUGUAUACUACUUGCAGGAAAAGUUAAGAGUUUGGAAAACAAGAUUACUGUUCUACAGGAAGAAUUAUCAGAAACAAGAGAAAUUAAAUCCCAGUUAGAACAUCAAAAAGUUGAAUGGGACAGAGAACUCUGUAGCCUCAGGUUUACACUGAAACAAGAGGAAGAAAAGCGAUUGAAUUCAGAAAUGCUAUUUAAAAAAAUCAGUGAGCAAUUAAGAAGAAAAGAAAAACAAUAUAUUAAAGAAGUGGAGCUAAAACAGCAACUUGAACUCACUCUUCGGUCUCUCCACCUAGAACUUAGAACAGUAAGAAAUAAUUUGAAACAGGUUGAGGAAGAAAGAAAUGAGACUCAAAGACAACUUUCUCAUGAACAGAGUGCCAGAGCUUUGCAAGAUGGAAUUCUAAGUAAUCAUUUUUGGAAGCAGAAGGAAGCUUUGGAAGCAAAUGUUUCUAAAAUGAAUCAGAGUUCUGAGGUUCCUGAUAGUCAUGAAAAAGAUCUGCAAAAAAAUCAUGCCCUCCAGGAUGAAAUUGCCAUGCUCAAACUGGAACUAGAUGCAGUAAAAAUUAAGAAUCAGGAAAAAGAAAAUAGAUAUACUGAAGAAAAUGAAGUUUUAAAAGAAAAGAAUGAUGAGCUUCAAAAGGAAUUAAAAUUGAAUGAAGAAGCUUUAACAAAAACAAUACUCCAGUACAGUGGACAACUUAAUGUUCUGACAACAGAGAAUGCAAUGCUGAACUCUAAACUGAAGAAUGAAAUGCAAAAUAGAGACAGAGUAGAGAUAGAAAUCGAAUCAUACCGUUCCCGCCUGACUUCUGCUAUUCGUGAUCAUGAACGAAGUCAGACAUCAAAACUAGACCUUGAACAUACCUUUCAGCGAGAAAGAGAUGAAUGGCUUCGUUUGCAAGACAAACUAAAUUAUGACUUGUCUAGUCUAAGAGAUAACAAUGGUGUCCUUUCUCAACAGCUUUCUAAAGCUGAAAGUAAAGCUAAUAGUUUAGAAAAUGAGCUGCAUCUUGUACGUGAUUCACUCAGAGAAAAGACAUUGAUUUUAGAAAGCACACAGAGAGAACUAAACCAGGCCCAAUAUCAAGCAAAGGAACUUGAACACACAAAUCAAAUGGAAAAGGAAAAACUGAACAAAUAUGUUGUCAAACAAGAAUCUAUGCAAGAAAGAUUUGCUCAAAUCCAGAGUGAAAAUAUGUUGCUUCGACAACAGCUAGAAGAUGCCCAAAACAAAGGCAUCAUUAAAGAAAAGGUAGUAAGUGACGUCCAGGUACAGUUUAGUGAUCUCUUCAAUAAACUUCGUGCUGAUAGCGAAAAGCAAGUUCUUAUGGUAGAAGAGAGAAAUAAAGAGUUAAUUAAUGAAUGUAACCACUUAAAAGAGCAAAUGUGUAAACAUGAAAAUGAGAAAGCAGAAAGAGAGAUUACAUUAAGACAGCUUCAACAAGAACUUGCUGAUUCCCUAAAAAAACAAUCUAUGUCAGAAGCUUCACUAGAAGUUACAUCACGUUAUCGAAAUGAUUUAGAAGAUAAGAAACAACAACUACAGAAGGAAAUAGACCAAAUCAAAAGCAAACUGCAAGAAUCUGAAGAACGGCACCUACAGUCAAAGCGGUCUACUAAUGAGUUAGAAGAUCAUAUACAAAAGCUGGAAAUUGAAAAUGCCAGGUUAGAAGCUACAGUAAAACAACAAAUGGGCAAAAUUGAACAAAUUCAGGAAAACAUGUUGGAUCCUACUUCACUUGAUAAUGAAAGGGAAAAAUUAAAGAAACUCAUUGAGGUAAAGCAAUCUCUAGAAAAUCGUCUAGAUCAAGAAAUGAAGAGAAAUGGUGAAUUGCAGAAAGACAUCAGUGGAUUUAAGAAAUUAUUAAAAGCCACAAAAAAGAAAUUAAAAGAUUAUGAAAAGGGAAAUCUUGAUUACCAGGGAAGACUGAAGCAUGCAUGUUCUGAAGAGGAUGGACAAAUUAAUAGGUUAAAAAAUAAGAUUGAUGAUCUUACACAACAAUUGGAAGCAGCAUCUUCAAAAUGUAUACAUUUGGAAUCUAUGAAUCGAGGUCUUCAGGAAGAGUUAUUUUCUUUGAAAACUGUUCAAAAGAAAUGUGACAGGCUGGAAAAGAUUAAAAAACAAUUGGAAGAAGAAGUAGCUAAUCUUAAGCACCAUUUAGAAAUUAAUACACUAGAACAUAGUCAAGUAGAACAAUAUAAACGUGAGAUUGAAGAACGAGCAAGGCAAGAGAUUGUAGAAAAACUGAAAGAAGUCAACCUAUUCUUACAGACACAAGCAGCAUCCCAAGAGAACUUAGAACAAUUAAGAGAAAAUAACAAUGCUUCAAUAAGAAACCAAAUGGAGCAUAGAAUUAGAGAUCUAGAAUCUGAACUUUCCAAAAUAAAAAAUUCACAACAAGAUUCUACUAAGGCGGAAUUAGAGAUCUACAGGCAACUCUAUUCUGAAGAAUUAAAAACAAGAAAAUCAUUGUCAAACAAAUUAGAAAGAACAAAUGAGAGACUAGCUGAGGUCAGUGCUGAACUCCUAAAUGAAAAACAAAGAAGUAAAACUUUAAUCACCAGUUUUACUGCAAGUCCAAUUCUGGAACCACCUCAUAUUGGGAAUCUUAAUAAUAGUUUAGUCCUCAAUAGAGGACUCAUUCCAAGAGGAAACUUGGUAUAUUCUACUGGAAAUACAGUGUCUUCAAAAAACAGAGCAGAGGCCUACUUUACAAAGAUGCAGCAAGAAUUGGAAAAAAAUAUAGCUAGGGAGCUUAAUGAAGCUACUGGCGAACUUGAAUCUGGAUCUGGUUGGCCCUCUCCCGUAGGAUCCACUGAUGAGUCUUCAAGAAUGUCAAAUGUGAAUCAGGAUCCAGUUUCCAGAGCAACUCAGGAAUACAUAGAGGUUUUAAAGAAAAAUUACAUGCUUUAAAGGAAGAAAUGAUGUACAUUUAUGAAAUUAUCUAUGUUUACAUAAUAUUUAAUGGCUUUCCAUUAAAUACAUAAAUGUGAAAAAGCCCAAUGUACCAGAAAAUGUAUUGUGUCAUAAGUGUUAAUAUGUACUCUGUGUAUAUAUGUGUAUAGAGAGAGUUGUAUAGUUCUUUAUUAAAAGCUUUAUUUAUUUAUAUUUGUAACACUGCUUCCCACCCCAUCAUCAGUUGUUACUGGUGCUCUACAAACCACUACAUUGACUAUUAUACUUUAGUGAGCUAUUCUUUGAAAGGAUGGGCUUUAUUUUCUAUUUAAUAUCAUUGUUCAUUGACCUAAACAUUUGGUAAAUUUAAGCACACAUUAUUUUGCUAUA